AUGUUUUCAUCAUUUGGGUCUGCCAUGUUUGGCGGCGGAGCGUUCGCCCCUCCAAUCAACAACAAGUUCGAAGACUACUUCAGGUGCUAUCCAGUGACAAUGAUGCCUGAUAACAUCCGCAAAGACGAUGCCAAUUAUGGUGGUAAGAUCUUCUUGCCAUCGUCUGCAUUGAACAAAUUGACCAUGUUGCACAUCCGAUACCCCAUGUUGUUCGAGUUGAACAACGAGGCCAAGGGCAUCACUACCCACAGCGGUGUUUUGGAGUUCGUGGCUGAGGAAGGAAGAGCUUAUAUACCCCAGUGGAUGAUGAGCACGUUACAGUUGAAUCCAGGAGGGUUGUUGAAGAUUGGCAACUGCGACUUGCCAUUGGGGAACUUUGUCAAGAUCGAGCCCCAGUCCGUGGACUUCUUGGACAUCUCCGACCCCAAGGCCGUGUUGGAAAACGUGUUGCGGAAGUUUUCCACAUUGACCGUGAACGAUAUCAUCGAGAUAAAUUACAACGACUCCAUCUACGGCAUCAAGGUGUUGGAGGCAAAGCCCGACUCGCUGUCCAAGGGGAUUUGUGUGGUGGAAACCGAUUUAGAGACCGAUUUCGCUCCACCCGUGGGCUACGUGGAGCCAGAAUACACUCCAAAGUCCUCAAAGCCUGCAUCUUCCAUAGACCCUUCCAAGUACAACAGAGGCGCAGGGGCAGCCACCAUGGCCAAGUCCAUCAACUAUGCCAACCUCGUGGCUGAGGCCUCAUCCGAAGAUGGUUUCAAGGGCUCGGGCCAAAAGCUCUCAGGAAAGCCCACAGAGACCGUCUCCAAGAAUUACAGCAUCGAAGACUUGGAUCCCAACGCGCCUCCCACUGUCCUUAAUCUUCCAGAAAACCAGCUUUUCUUCGGGUUUCCAGUGGUGCCUCCAGUGCUUGAAGAGAGUUCCGAGCAGAAACAGACAGAAAACAACGUUUUUACAGGCAGUGGACAGUCGUUGAGACAGAGCAAGAAGCGCAAGGAUACCAACACGUCCCAUCCUUCCUUGAAGAACCACUCGAGGAGUCCAGAUUACAUAGAAAUCGAUUGA